AUGUCGAUGCGCAUCACCCUCGACAACCAGCCCGAAUUCUUCACGAAUCUGGACAUUAUCAGCGGGCAGGUGGUUCUGCACCUCAAUCGCCCCGAGCAAGUAGGCGGCAUCGUCGUCAAACUCGAGGGCGAGUCCAAUACGAGCUUACAGCCGCCGUCGCCAUUUGACAAUGGCCGGGAUCCCCGCGAAGGCUACUCGACGUCGAACGCCGCGAUGAAUUCCGAAAGCCACAAGAUCCUAUACAAGGUGCAGCAGGUGUUCCCUGAUGACUACCACAGUAGCGCAAACAAUCCUUUUGGGUCUUUCCCGUUGCCGCCCGGGCAGCAUCAGUUCCCUUUCAAAUUCAAGAUGCCGAUAAACAAUGCCUGCAGCGACUCCCACGCCAUGGCGUCUCUGGCGAACCAGAGUCUCUCUGGUGCCGGAAUGUUUGGCACACGAGGCAUUCGGCUCAUGGACGGCACGAAACAGCUCUAUCUGAGGCAUGUCACGAAAACGUUACCGCCGUCGUUAUCAGGUGUAUACAACGAUGCCGAAGUCCGUUACUACAUCAAGGUCACGGUGCAGCGACCGAGUAUUCUGAAGGAGAACUGGCGCUUUCAGCUAGGAUUCAAGUUCAUGCCUAUAGAACCCCCGAGGUUAGCUGCUCGUGGCCAGGAAUCGUUUGCCCGCAGACCGUUUAGCUUCACCUCGCGCCCGCCAUCGCCACAGGGCAAGCAAAAAGGUUCCUUAUUCGGCAUGAAAAAGAGCUCGAAAGAGAAGAGUGAAAUCGAUUCACCGGGAGGCCCGUCAGCCCCGCCUCAGUCAGUAGAGCUGUCUGCUCGUCUACCUCACCCCUUGGUCUUGACGUGCAACCGCCCUGUGCCACUGCGAUUAAUCGCAAAGAAGCUCGUCAAUAAUCAGCACAUCGAAUCCUCAGCUUGA